AUGAGGGACCAGGAAUCCAUGAGGAAAUGCUUGGUUCUAGAAUUUCUUGCAUUUUUAUGGGCUGAAUUGGGCUCUGAAGCCAAAGAAGAGAAAGAAGAAGAACAGACCUGCCAGUUGCUGGGCAAGUGUGUAGAUGCCGAAAACCAUUCCCUUGUUAUUGGAGGACUGUUUCCUAUUGACUCCAGGACCAUCCCAGCAAAUGAGUCUAUUUUGGAGCCAGUAUCAGCAAAAUGUGAAGGGUUUAACUUUCAGAGAUUCCGCUGGAUGAAAGCCAUGAUCCACGUGAUCAAGGAGAUUAAUAAGAGGAAGGAUAUUUUGCCCAACAUCACUUUGGGCUAUCAGAUCUUUGAUACCUGUUUUACCAUCUCCAAAUCAGUGGAAGCAGUCUUGGUAUUUCUUACAGGGCAGGAAAAAAACAGGCCCAAUUUUAGAAACAGCACUGGAGCAUUUCCGGCAGGAAUUGUUGGAGCAGGUGGAUCAUUCUUAUCAGUUCCUGCUUCAAGAAUUCUAGGGUUAUAUUAUUUGCCUCAGGUGGGCUAUGCCUCUACCUGCGUGAUUCUUAGUGACAAAUACCAGUUUCCAUCUUAUCUUCGUGUAAUAGCCAGUGAUAAGAUCCAGUCGAAGGCUAUGGUAAAACGUAUCCAACACUUUCACUUUCUUACUCUGAAACUCCCUAAUGGAUUAAGAAACAAACUAUUUACAAACCUUGCAUUUAUUCUGGGUUUCAAGCUUCCCCAUUCAGUGUGUACUGAUGUGUGUCCUCCUGGGACUCGGAAGGGGAUUCGUCAGGGGGAACCAAUAUGCUGCUUUGACUCCAUCCCAUGUGCUGAUGGACACGUGUCACGGAAACCAGGUUAAAGGGAGUGUGAACAAUGUGGUGAAGACUAUUGGUCAAAUGCACAAAAGAGCGAGUGUGUGCUGAAAGAGGUGGAAUACCUUGCUUAGUUCACACUUGUCAUUCUUUCUGUCUUUGGGGCAUUUGUGGUCUUGGCAGUCACAGCUGUGUAUGUGAUACACAGGCACACUCCCCUGGUGAACGCCAAUGACUGGCAGCUGGGCUUUCUUAUUCAGGUUUCUCUGAUCAUCACGCUGCUGUCGUCCAUGCUUUUCAUUGACAAGCCACACAACUGGUCCUGCAUGGCUGGCCAGGUCACUCUGGCACUGGGCUUUUCUCUUUGCCUGUCUUGCCUUCUUGGAAAGACUAGUUCACUGUUUUUAGCCUACAGAAUUUCCAAAUCCAAAACUCAACUUACAUCCAUGCGCCCCCUUUAUCGGAAAAUCAUUGUGCUAAUCUCUGUUCUAGUGGAGAUUGGCAUAUGUACAGCCUACUUGGUAUUGGAACCUCCCAUGGUAUACAAGAACAUGGAACCUCAAAAUGCAAAGAUCAUUCUGGGAUGCAAUGAAGUUUCCAUAGAGUUUUUGUACUCGAUGUUUGGAAUUGAUGCCUUCCUAGCCUUGCUAUGCGUUCUUACAACUUUUGUGGCUUGCCAGUUACCAGAUAAUUACUAUGAAGGAAAAUGCAUCACCUUUGGGAUGCUUGUCUUUUUCAUCAUCUGGAUCUCUUUUGUCCCUGUUUAUUUGAGCACCAAAGGCAAGUUCAAAGUGGCUGUGGAAAUAUUUGCUAUCUUGGCAUCCAGCUAUGGCUUGUUGGGUUGUAUAUUUGCUCCUAAGUGCCUCAUUAUUUUGCUGAGGCCACAGAGGAACACCAGUGAAGUUGUUUGUGGAAGAGUCUCCACCACAGAUAAUUGCAUCCAACUGACCUCAGCUUCUGUGAGCAGUGAGCUUAACAAUACCACAGUGUCAACUGUUCUGGAUGACUAG